GAAAUCUGUCUGGCCUGCCUUACAGAAUCGCUAGGACUGGUAGGCAAUGAUUGGUAGUGGUUGGUCGACAGUUUGGUCGCCGCACUCCUACCAUGUUGAAGGAUUUUCUUCCCCAACCAGCCCACGUGCUGGCUUCCCAUCCCCUGGAUGUUUUCUUCCUUCUUGCUCCACGUGCUCCAUCGCUCCAUCGCUUCACAAUUUGCUCCAGCGGCGCUCGGUUCACCGGGCAUCCAGAAGAUGAAGCAGUCCAAUCUUGGCACUAGGAGGGCUCACCUUUCCCUCCUGCUCGAAGUUUGAGUAGCCCUCUUGCCUAUGAAGUUCCUAACCCAGAAGGUAGAAGAGACAUACAUACCUUACCUGACCCUCUGGCAGGAAAUCCACGCCUCAUCCCACAACCAACCACUUGCUUGCCCGUCUUGACUGACAGACUAAGUCAUUGGGCCAAGUGCUCCUCCGACUUCUUCACAGGGCUGCUGUACACGCCUGAUUAGUAGUCACCUUUACCUUCCGAGUACUGUUACGGCGUACAGAUUGAUUGAACUCAACAAGUCAGUGGUGGGCUUGAUAGUGAGGGAAAUUGUGGGAAUAAUGUUUUGAUCUCGAGACAAAAUGACCAAUAACUUGGGGGUAAACAUCAUCGGAGAUGUCAUUCAGCACGUCGCAGCAGGUCAGGAGAGUUUGUGUGAAAUCCCAGCUCCAGGAUUCAGCAAAGAAAAUAUCGACGUCAACAUCUUAAGCCCGUCUAAGCUUCCAACUUCGUACAGGUUAAAAGAAAACGACGGGCUCUUUGCUAUCACCUUUGUUCCACAUGAGGUUGGAACGUACUCGAUUGACAUUUACUUGAGUGGGCAAAAAAUUCCCGAAUGCCCGCUUUUUUACAAAGUGUACGACUCUUCACUCAUUCGAGUAUCGGACAUUCGCAAUGGAGUGGUGGCUCAACCCAGCCAAUUCCGGGUCGAUGCCUCUCAAGCUGGCGAAGGUCAAUUGGAAAUUUCCAUCAACGAUGGCGAAGUGCCCAACCAUGUCCAAGUGUUGGGCGGUGGACGGUGUUUGGUCCAUUUCACGCCUGAAGUUCCCAAGCCGCAUACCAUUGACAUCAAAUUCAAUGGAGAGCCAGUCCCCGGCUGUCCAUUCUUGUGUCAAAUGGCUGAUACCAGUAAAGUGUCAGUAGCAUUGCAUCACCUGGAGCUCAUGCCGGUGAACAAGAAAGCCAGCUUCCAAAUUCAUGUGGAUACCACCGACAACGCUGAGCUGGCAGUCUCGGUUACUGGGCCUCGCAAGGACAUUCCAGUUCAAGUGACAGGCAACGUUAAAGACGGCUUCGUUGCCCAGUUCCUCCCCGAUGAGGUUGGACCCUACGUCAUUGGCGUGGAAUAUAACAAUGUUCCCGUGGGGGGAACUCCCUUCACUGGAAAGGCCUAUGACUGGAAUAAUGUCAUUGUGUCGCCCAUCCCCUGGGGUACGAUUGGCAAAAGCUUGGAGUUCACCGUUGAUGCCAGCCGAGCCGGCGAAGGCAAUUUGGAGAUUACUAUCUCAGCCCGAGGACGCAAUAUCCCGACACAAGUUCAUCCUCAAGGGGCGGCUCGAUUUGUGGUCAGCUUUGUACCUUUGGAAGCCACCGACCAUUUGAUCAACAUCACUUUCAAUAAGGACGUGGUUCCUGGAGCACCUUUCAUGGCCAAGAUCCAUACCGAUCCCAAUCGAAUCUUGGUCUCGGGUCAAUCCUUGGCUGCCACUGCAGUGGGCAAACGAUCUUCUUUCACUCUGUCCAAUGUAACAGGGGCUGCCUCCGAUCUGGACAUCGUCAUUGACUCGCCCAAUGGCGAAGCAAUUCCAGCUGACAUUGAGGACAAAGGGUCCGGGAAUUUUGGGGUGGAAUUUACCCCCGUGAUAGCUGGAGAGCAUCAAAUAUACCUCUCGUUUGCCUCGGAACCGAUUCCAGGAUCACCGUUUGCCUGUAAAGUCUACAAUGUUGAAGCUAUACAAGUACGAGCAUGUGAAAAGGGGAUCGUGGGGAAACCGGUAACAUUUCUGGUGGAGACCUCUCGGGCAGGACCAGGCAAUCUUGAAGUAACAGUUAAUAACGGCCAAGUUCCGACAAGUGCUCAAGCUCAAGGCAAUCACACAUAUGCCAUAUCGUUUAUACCCAAGGAAUCUAAGCCUCACAUAGUAGAGCUGAAGUUCAAUGGAGAGAACGUUCCUGGAAGUCCUUUUAAGUGUGCCAUUGUUGACGCAGCGAAGGUGAAUCUAAGUGGAGAAGGUUUGGAAAAAAUCCCAGUCCACAGACAGGCUACAUUCUUCAUCGAAGGACAAUUUGACAUGGGCGAUCCCGAGGUCAAAAUCAUGUCUCCCUUGAAGAAGGUGCUCUCGAGUAGUAUCAGAUUCAUCGGAGAAGGUCAUUUUGCUGUGGAUUACACCCCAACCACUGUGGGGGAUCAUCAAGUCGAGGUCAAAAUGGGGGAUAUUCAAGUGCAGGGCUCUCCCUUUGUUAUCAAAGCUUACGAUGUCAGCAAAGUCACCGUGUCCAACAUAUCCAGUGGCUUCGUCGGCAAACCCGUGUUCUUCUCCAUUGACGCCUCCCAAGCGGGGGCAGGGAAUUUGGAAAUCAUUGUGUCCGUCAAUGGAAAAAACGUUCCCAAUUACGUUCAGUCUGAGGGCAAUGCCAAAUUUCGAGUGAACUUCAAGCCACUGGAGCCCUUGACCCACAUGUUGAGUGUCAAGUUUAAUAACGAAUUCGUGCCAAAUUCGCCAUUUGCAUGUGAAAUCCAGGGAAACAAAGUGGUCAGUCUUCACGGAGCGGGAGUCCAGCUUUGCCCAGUGGGACGUCCCGCCAUCUUUAGCAUUGACGCCUCAGCACCUUCAACUAAAACCGGGGAUUAGAUCGAAACGAAAACACCCUAUGAUAUUACCGUUGUGUCUCCCAAUGGACACGAACUUUCCGUAGAGGUGAAAGAUCGAAACGAUAUGAUAGAGGUGGAGUACCUACCUGAGGAAGUGGGUCCUCACAUCAUCAAGAUUAGCCAAGAUAGUAUCCCAGUAGAAGGCUCACCAUUCACUUGUAACGUCUAUGAUGUGGCCAAUAUCUUGGUAGCCGGCUUGACCAAACAAUGUCACAUGGGAAGACCUUGUACUUUUACUGUGGAUGCAAGCAAGGCUGGCGAAGGGACCUUGGAGUUGGUUGUGACAACGGCCAAAACUUCCGUUCGGGCCGAAGUUCAAGCCCGAAGUCGAGGCUUGUACGACGUCACUUUUGUGCCCCAAGAACUGAACCCUCAUUUCAUCAAUAUCACAUUCAAUGAUGAGCAUAUUGAACAAAGCCCUUUUGAAUGCUCCAUCUUGGAGCAAGAUUAUACAUCCAAUGCCAAUGAAAAUGGGCAACUCUCGGUGAUUAGAGGAAGAAGUGCAGCCAUUGAGCUGUCUAUUGACCGGGCAGUCAGGGUUGUGGCUUUGUUAGAUCCUCAUGGCAAUGAGUCACAGUUUGAGACCGCCCAAGGGACGCAUGGCAAGACAAGGAUCCUCCUCAAACCUUCUUAUGUGGGCAAAUACACUUUGGAGACACAACCUUCCGGUCAAGGGCGGGAUAAGAUCUUGAUCAACGUGUUUGAUCCCAGUAAGAUCCAAGUGAUGAAAACUGGACCGGCUUUCGUGGGAGAGGGCAGCGAUUUCAUUGUGGAUACCAGCAAUGCUGGUCGAGGAGCACUCUCCGUGAACGUAAAAGCCGCGGGCCAGGAUAUCAAGCACAGCAUCAAGGACGUUGGAUCAGGCAGAUUCGAAGUUACUUUCUUCCCUUAUCUGCCCAUUCCUCAUAAGAUUGACGUGAAGUUCAACGGCGUUUCAGUUGCUCGAAGUCUUUUAGAGAUCAAGGUGAAAGACCCCUACCAAGGUAAGACAGUGACUGCCUCGGGCAUGGGCCUAUUUGCCGCCAAGGUGAAUGAUGAUACAUCCUUCAUAAUUGAUACAAUGGGAUACAAAAGCAACGAUUUCGACAUUUUGGUGACUGGGCCGCCUGACGGUGUUCCUCCUUUUGAGGCUAUUCCGCUCCGUUGUUACCAACAAAAGGAUGGCAAACUUUUGGCUGAAUUCUGUACAACCACAGUGGGCGCUCAUAAGAUCGAGGUCCUUCUUAGUGGGCAGCACAUUCGAGGAUCACCAUUUGAAUGCCAAUCCUUUGAUCCGGAAACGGUACUCAUUCUCGACGUGGAGGGCAAGGAACAACACCAAUUGACCGGCCAACCCAUUUCAUUCAAAUUGGACCGGAGGCGCUCGGGAUUGUCAGAUUUGGAUGUGGUGGUCACCUCACCGGUGGGUGAUGACCUCCCCAUUGAGAUUAAAGGUCUCCACCAUGAGCCGGGAGUCGACUUGGUCGAAUUCAAACCCGAAAUGGCGGGUAAAUACCGAUUCAUCAUCCAGUAUGGUGGGACAGAGAUUCCAAACUCGCCGCUGACCUUUAACGUCAGGGACACUGAUGCCCCGGUUGAUUUCAGGGCUUUUGGCCAAGGCCUUCAGAAAGGACAGGUGAACCAUCCGUGUUACUUUGAAAUUGAGCAAUUCAAUGACGAUUCGUUACCAAGAGUGGACAUCUUGCACCCUUCGUCUGGCCAACCACUUAAAACCAAUGUGGAAAAGACCAGCCCAACUUCUAUGCGGAUAACUUACGUUCCCGAUGCAAUUGGCAGCUACCUGAUCUUGGUCCAACAUGAGGGUCGUGCUCCAUUAGAAUACAAGGCCAAUGUGUGCAAUCCCAAACGCAUCCAAAUCAUUAAGGGAUUCGAUGUCAGGCAAGCCGAGUUCUCGCCUCGUUUGGCGUUACAACAAGAGGUUUUGGUUUUGUUCCAUCUCAAUGAAGCUGGAGUGGGCAAAUUGGAAGCCGAACUGAUCCUCCCCAAUCAUGUUAAGGCCAAAGUGGAUGUUCAUCACGUGAAAGAAAGAGCUGAAAUUCGAUUCCUUCCUCAAGAAUACGGCGAGUACGCAUUGGCAGUGAAGUUCAAUGGCAUCUUGCUUCCUUUCUGUCCGAUGAGAGGGUUACUGGACGGAGGAGAGGCUAGCAAGGGUAGCGGAAAAGUGAAGCUCACAGGAACAGGCUUGGUUAGUGCCAUCUGCCAAGAGGACAAUUUCUUCAUGAUUGACGGGAGCCGAGCUGCUCAAGGCACACCAGAUGUGAAACUGACGGAUGCAACCAACUUGCCCUUAGCUGUCCGCCUUCGGAAGGUAGAUGCAGAUGUCUACGAGGCAAGGUAUAGCCCUUCAACCCCUGGGGAUUACAUGCUGAGCAUCAAAUGGGCUGGACAUUUGAUCAAAGGCUGUCCCUUAAACAUUACGGCCUCACCCGGAAGUGCCUCGGAGCAGCCCGCAUCUAAGGUAUUUUGCUCAGGAGAAGGACUUCGAGGCGGAACGCUCGGCAAAGACAUCCGCAGUUUCAUAGACACCAGGAAAGCAGGCCCAGGAGAGUUGAGUCUUCAUUGUGUUGGACCCCGGGGGAAAACGGCUUAUUGCGAGCUGAAUGAUCACCAAGACGGAACAUUCACCCUCAACCUCAAGCCUCAGGAAGCUGGUCGCCAUCAGCUGGCCAUCAAAUAUGGUGGUAACCAUGUGAAAGGGUCACCUUUUACUGUCCGCGUAUCAGGCUCGCCUGAUCCCGACAAGGUUAAAGUGUAUGGACCCGGUAUUGAUCAUGGUGUUUUAGCCAUGUACCAAUCCCGCUUCAUUUGUGACACACGUGGAGCAGGAGCAGGACAACUAACCGUUCGCAUUCGAGGGCCCAAAGGCGCGUUUCGGGUUGAAAUGCAACGGGAAUCACAAAAAGACCGUACCAUUCUCUGCAAAUAUGAACCGACUGAGCCUGGAGAUUAUCGCAUUGAAGUCAAGUGGAGCGGAGAAAACGUUCCUGGGUCGCCUUUCGUGGUGAUGAUUUUCGAUACUCAGGAGGAGCUCUCCAGAUUCCUCCAGAGGGGAUAUUCUCCCACUGGAUAUUCCAGUGACAUGUACGGGACAGCCCCAUAUUCGGGAUCUCAAAACUAUGGAGUCGUCCCAUGGGCUGGAGGACAAUGAUGAACCGAACCUCUUGACUCAAGAAAAAUGACGGAAUCACUUAGUGGAACUCAAUGUUCUCAACUCCAACUCCGAAAGAGCAACUUUGUUGGCAGUGUAAACUAAUGUAAAUAUAGAUUGUUUAAGUCCUCUUAUUUAAUGUGGCGACUGGAAAAGACGGGAAAUUCUCAAACGUUGAUGUAUUUCGAACCGUAUGUAUGCCUAUAUGCCGUAUGAUUUAGUGUUAGUCCAAGCUAAAAAGAAUUAAAUCGUGAUUAUUUGUUUGUUC